CAGAGACGAUGAGGUUAGACCUGCCGAUGAUAUGAUUUAAGCUUUGUCCCACCUCAGGCAGCUAUGGGGGUCCUGGCUCCACACCCCACUCUGUAGAUGGCUGGUGAGGCAGCGCACCCCUGGGGGAUGCCCUGUGGGGAGGCUGGAGGCCAAGAGAUGGGUCGGAUUUUGCUUUUUUCCAGCUCUCCAGCCUGCAGCACACACAAGCGGUUAAUCGCAGGCCAUGCAAAGCUGGCUGCUUACCUGACUGGAGCAGUGCCUGGCAGAGGGAGGGCCGAGGGCACGGCUCCGCACCUUGCCAGGGCAGGCAUCACUGCAAAAAUAUUUGCUGAAAAAAGUGCAGCUCCACCCCAAGGAAAACCGGGGCCAGGAGCGCAGCCCGAUCCGGGUUUGCAGACGGAAGGUGGCGGCGAGCAGGGGAAUGCGCAGGGCUGCAGGGAGCUCAGCACGUCCACCCACUCCCCUUGCAGCCAGGCACUGCCCAGCACCUUCACUCAGCACCACCAGGCUCAGCCGAGGCUGCCAGGCCUGGACCGGUGGGUGGGCGAGGCGACGGGCACUAGGGAUCCUGUCCGUGGGGGAGUCCCAGCACCGGAGGUUGGGGAGCCCUCGCCACCUCAGUGGGCAGCCAUGGGGUGCUGGAGAGGUCCCAGCACCAUGCUGGCCUGCCUGCUUCUCCUGCGCCCGCUGCCCUCACCAGCCUGCCCCGCCGCCUGCCGCUGCUCCCCGGGGGAGGCAGACUGCAGCGGGCAUGCCCUCCGAGAGGUGCCGCAGAGCCUGUCGACCAACACCAGCACCCUGUGGCUUGGCUACAACUUCAUCACCGUGCUGGGGCCGCAGUCCUUCCCUCCCCUGCCACGGCUGCUGGUGCUCAGCCUGCCCCACAACCGCCUGCAGCUGAUCCACAACCAGGCGCUGGUGGGGCUCGGGGCGCUACAGGAGCUGGAUCUCAGCAACAACUACUUAACCGUUCUGACCCCUGAAACCUUCCUGCCCCUCACCAGCCUGGCCACACUCAACCUGGGCAGCAACAGGCUGGGAGAGCUGGAGCCUAGGGUGCUGCGUGUCCUGCCCCAGCUCCGAGCCCUCUUCCUGCAGGACAACCCCUGGGUGUGCAGCUGCGGCAUCCUGCCCCUCUGGCGCUGGCUCAGCCACAACAGGGAAAAAGUGCAAGAGAAGACUUUGCUCCUCUGCAGAGUCCCAGAGCAGCUGAACAACUAUCCGAUCAUGGCCUUUGGGAAUGAGUCCUUCAGUCAAUGUCAGGAGACCUCACUGUCUGCCAAGCACUAUGUCGCUUUCUUGAUCAUUGGACCGUUCUCCUUCAUGGCCAGCAUCUUCUUCUGCACCUUCAUGGGCUCCAUCAUAGUGAUUUACCACAACCUGAGCAGGGAAUCCCACUUCUGGAGGAGACCCCGCAUCUGCAGGGGCUACUGAGGCAGGGUGACCAGGCUUUAGCCCUGGGCAGCCUUUGGUUCAUGCCCUUCAGCUGUCUGCAUCCCCCUGUUGCAAACAUUUCCCUGUGGACCAGCGAGAGGAUGCUCUGUUCCUGGAAAUCACUUUUCUUCCUCCUCCCGGAGCCCCCCGAGAUGAUGCCAAGCUCCGUCUGCCCUGCUGCGGGGGGGAGCAGCCUCCAGCUCAGACCUGCUGCAGGGCACGGUCUGACCACAGAUGCUCUCCAUGUUACAGGAGGCUCAGACCUUCCUGGGGAUGGGUGGGUGACUGUUCUCCUCCAGCUCACCCUGUCCUGCCCCAUGGUCCGGGGCCCUCAGUGUGCAUUUCAGGAUGCAUCACCAUAUGUCUCCAUGUGCCUUUUGGUGCUUCCUGAGAGCCACUGUGCAUCUCAGGACACACCAUAUUCCUCUGGGUGCCUUUCAGUGCAGUGCAGAAGUCUCCGUUUGCCUUUUGGAGCAGCCCAGGAGCCUCUGUGUGCCCUUCCGUUUGCCCCAAAACCCCCCUUGCACCUUUGGUGCCCCCAGCACUCCCAAUCUGCCAUUCAGUGACCCCAGCAGCCUCAGCAUGCCUUUCCGUGCCCUCGAGACCCCUUGGCUCUGCUUUUCUUGCAUCCAAAUGCCAUCUGUUUGGCUUUCUAUGUCCUGACAGGCACUGGUUUGCCUUUUGGUGUGCUCCAGAGCUCUCCAUGUGCCUUUUGGUGCACCUGAAGAUCUCUGGGUGUUUUGGGGGCACUCCGGAACCUCCAUGGAACUUUCAGAAAGCUCCAGACCCCUCUGUGUACUGCCCGAGGACAGGACAAGUUGCAAAAUACUUCUUUUGAUAGUUUUUUGUUGGUUGGUUUUUUUUGGUUGUUUUUUUUUUUUUUUGUUGAGGCAUGGCUGCUGGUGCUGAGGAGGCUCAGUCAACAACCAAGAUCUAGGGUGAGGCUGAGGUUUAGGGUGAAGGUUGGAAAAAGGCAAACCCCUGAGCUCCCACUGAUGUCAUUUGGCAAAGGGGCUGCCAAAGGAUGCGUGAGGAUGCACAGUGGUUCCUCCCCUAAUAGCUUUUUCCUAGGCUAAAGCUCAUCCAAGGCCAAAGUCUAGGGUUAGCUCCGUGACAAAAAAGCCCAUGUAGGUUUGCAGCACAGAGUCUGCAACCUUGGCUGCUGCCUCCCCUCCCAUCACCUACCAGAAGGGGCUGGGGCUGCCCCCGCAUCCCCCCACCCUGCUGCCUCCUGCCCUUCCCUCUGGAAACACUUCUCCUCUGCAUUGCAUGGAAAUGCUUAGUGAGUGUACUGGGAGGUGGCCUGGAAGAAGCUGGAGUUGUGCUCCAGGGGAAAGCACAAGCUGGGGUGACAAAAGUGUCUCUCAAGGAGGAGCAACAACCCUUUCCAGCCUGAGCUCUUACCCAUUGCAAGGUGCUAAGAGCCCCGACGAGAUGACUGUGGCCACCCGCCUCCCUCUGUUGGCUCAGUCUCUUGCCCAUUAAAGAGCUGUGGGACAAGCCAGGGAUGCAGUGGGGGUCGAUGCAUCUUUUGGCAAGGGUUACAUAAAUCAUACAGAAAAUAAACCAAAUGUCAGUUCCGUUGUGGCUUGCUCUCAUUUUGGCUUUCAAGAGAGAAACCAUUCAAUUGCCACACAGCUCUUCCUGCAGCGCCUGUCCCCAGCGAGGGCUGUGGGAUGCUGGCGAGAGCAGCAGCUCCUCCAGUGCUACCAGCCCUGCAACCAGGGUGGUGGCAGGACCUCUGCCAGGAUCAGCCCCUGCACGGCGCCUUUCCCAGGAGCAAUCCCAGUUCUGCCAGACCCUCUCUAGUAACAGCGCUCAGUGCUUCCCAAGAAGGCCUGGGCUUCCCAUUUGGAGCCAGGGCCUCACCUGUCAUCCUGCACGGGCACCUGAGCCCUGCUCCUCCUCCCAGGUUGUCCUGAGGCUGAGACGCCAGUGGAUGUUGGGCUGGUGGUCUCAGCACAUGGGGACCAUGCUGUGACUGAGAAGGGUGCCACUUCAGUUCAGCCCAGGAGAGCUGCCUCUCUGGUUUGCAAAUCCCUCGGUCACCUCCCUAUGGAUGGACUGAUGUGCAGGGACUUCCCUAGAUGCCUUCAUCCCUGCAGUCAGCCCUCUGCUUCCAAAGGCCAGCCCCACUGGCAGUGCCCCACGGCUCCCAGGAGCUGGGGAACACAGCAGUGGCAGGGGACCGUUUUCCCCUGGAUGGAGGUGGGUGAGAGCCAGCUGGCAUCAUGCUGGCAUUUGAACAAUUUCAGACUGUCCCUGCACCCCUGCUGCAAGGCCUGUAGCCCCACACUGGUUGUUUAGGCUGCCCAUCAGCCUGGCAUCCCAGAAUGGUGAUGCCCCUUCCAUCUGGGUCUUCCCUGCAGCUCCUGGCCUGGCCUCUUGGUCCCUCCCCAUCUCUCCACCUUUUACUGUUUGCAAGCCCUGCA